AUGCAGCCCACUCGCGUGUCUCUCUCCAACAAACCAACACUGCGAUUCGCAGCUCUGCCUUUCCUUCUUUGCCGGACCUCGUCCAUCUCAUUCGCUUCGCAUCUGGGGCUCUCUGCCGCGUCACCGGCUCCGUUUUCGCAGAUCACCACCAUCACGCGCAUUGUUACUUCGCUCGACUUGAGCACACCUCUGGAUCCAAAUCUUCGCAACGACAUCGAUACACGGCUGAUCGCGCAGAGCAAACACCACCCCGGCUUUGCCGUCUACCCAACGACCACGCACACGCUUGCGCCAGCUACAGCAGCACGUUCCUGCAGUGACAAAACCAUCGGCGCCGCCUCUACAUCAGUGAUCACAGCCCCUUGGCGACGGCAGCUUGCCUAA